AUGCAGAAAAAUGCACCACUUGUCCAGAAGAUCAGUAUCCAUAUAUCAGUCAAGAACAUUGUGCUCCCAAGAUUAAAACCUUCCUAAAUUAUAAAGACUAUUUGGGAAUAAUCCUAAUUUCCAUUGCCUUGUUCCUGUCUCUAACAACAUCCUUUGUCUUGGGAAUCUUCAUUAAAUUCCAAGACACUCCAAUCGUCAAAGCCAACAACAGGGACCUCUCCUACAUCCUCCUUGUCUCCCUCUUGCUUUCCUUCUUCACCUCCUUCCUCUUCAUUGGCCAACCGAGGAGAGCCACCUGCCUUCUCCGACAGACAACCUUUAGCAUCAUCUUCUCAGUUGCCAUUUCUUCUGUCUUGGCCAAAACGAUCAUGGUGGUGCUGGUCUUCUUGGCCACAAAACCAGGGAGUAAAGUACAGAGAUGGCUGGGGAAGAGCUUGGCCAACUCUAUUGUUCUUUCCUGCUCUGGUCUUCAAGUUGUCAUUUGCAGCAGUUGGCUUGGCACUUCUCCCCCAUUUCCUGACUUUGACCUGCAUUCUCAGCCUGGAGAGAUCACCCUACAAUGCAAUGAAGGAUCCGUCACCAUGUUUUACUCUGCUCUUGGCAACAUGGGCUUCCUGGCUGCCGUCUGCUUCCUGGUGGCUUUCCUGGCUAGGAACCUCCCUGGGACCUUCAACGAAGCCAAGCUGAUC